AUGUACUCAUGUUCAGGUGUGGAAACUAUUAAUAGCGACAAGCCUCGUGUGAUCUUGCUGGGAGGUGGAUUAGCUGGCCUGAGGUGCGCUCAACAGCUGGUGACGGAGCAUGGCUUAAGCACAGAAAACAUUGUGCUUCUCGAGGCGUCCACGAGGAUUGGUGGUCGCAUCAGAACUGAUAAGUCCUUCAUCGAGGGAUUCUCCCUCGACUUGGGAGCUGAGUUGCUCCAUGGUGAUCAGACUUCGCUCUACCGGCUCGCCGAGGAAAAGGGCUGGAAGAUGGAGGAGCUCAUCUCAUUGGCGCAGGGUGACGGGGGUCCGUUGCCGGCAGACAGCAACGACGGAUACGCGAACACUGUCGGGGCUGCUCUGGAAGACACGAGCCUGGCGGGCACGUGCUACGUGGAGCACGAGUGGGACGUGGACGGUGAUCGCACCUUCGUGCUCCAGGGCUCGUUGGGGCAAGUGGUAGACGAGCUGAGCGCCGGACUUGAAAGUUGCAUUCAGACGGAUUGGCCAGUGUCUAAGGUGGAGUUCACGGCGUCAGGGCUGGCGACGGUCACGUGCAGGGAUGGGCGAAUAGAACAGGGCACGCAUGUCGUGAGCGCCUUGCCGCUUUCGGUCCUACAGGAUGGGGAUGUGGAAUUCGUACCUCCUCUGCCAGAGGCGAAGUUGGCUGCCUUUCAACACAUGGGGCUCUGCAGCAUCGUGAAAGUGAUACUCAAGUUCGAUCGCCGGGUGCUACCACCACUGCUGCACGGCUGCAUCUGCUCGGAGAGUUUUAUCCCGGAAUUCUGGUUCAGGCAUUUGCCUAAUCUUCCCGAGGGGGGCUACACUAUGCUCGCGGUCGGUUUUGCUGCCGGGCCUCGCGCAGACGCGGUGACGUCUGUCAAGCCAAAAGAGGCUCUCAAGAAGGCCCUUGACCAGCUGGAUGACAUGUUCAGGGGACGAAAGUGGCUUGAGGGCGGUGGGUGCACCGGUAAAGGUGAUUGGGAAGAAACAGUGGAAGUACACACCGGUAUUGCACCGGAGCACUGCGAACCGCGCCGUGAGACCAGCGUUAGCGGGGGACAAGGCGAGGGCACACUAGCGGAGCUUCCGAGCUCAGCGUAUGUCGGAGGCCUGGUUCACGAUUGGGUGAAAGACGAGCCGUUCGUGCGGGGUGGUUAUUGCUACCCGCGAAUCGGGUUCGACGAGACUACUCAUGCUCACCUGGCCGCUAGCGUCAACGGAACGUUGUUUUUUGCUGGAGAACACACCAAUACACCAACCGGCACGACGGUCCAUGCUGCGAUCGACUCGGGAGAUAGGGCUGCUUCAGGCGUGCUCCAAGCAGUCCAACGGGCACAGAAAGAACGAGCAAGCGGAACUGCAGCACAAAUACCUUAGCCGAGAAGGGUUUCGCCGAGGCUCCACAUGCCGCCGCCUUGCUUGAGUGCGGGACAUCAAGAGACCAUUUUAUGUCACGUGGGCGCCCGAGAGCGCCUUAACGGCCGUACCAGAACUCCGCUGCCUUGCUGACCAGCAGACAUGUGCGAUGGUGUGCGUGACUGUCGCCGGCCGUACGUGCCUUGGCACGGCCGUGGGUAUUGGAUGCUAGGAUUGUCCGGUUUGAACCGUUUUUUGUGCGUGAAAAACAAUUCCAUUCCCCGAAGCUCGGAGGGGUGGUUUCUAGA